CGGUGUUUCUCAGCGCAAGCAGGUAUGCGUCUCUUAUUUUGAAAAGACAGAGACGGAAGCAAAUGGUUUGGGUUUCCUCCAACUUAACAACUGGACUGCCGCACGUUUUUUGACAGCGGAAAUGAGGAGUCGCCACUUUUUCCGUGUCAAGUUCGUGGCUGAAAGUUUUCUUUCCUUUUUUUCAGCGGAGGAGCCGCAUGUUGUGAAUGCUGUCACAAUGAGAGAGAAAGCGACGGACUUUUUCGCCUGCAGUUUCUCACUGUUGUCCAGUCACUGCUGCUCCUCGCCGACGUCGUUCUGAGUUACUUUAGACGCUUCUCAACACAUUUCCGUUAUGCAAAGUCCAACUUGUUGGUUAGUCGUCGUGCUGCGGUGGGUGCCCAUCCGAGAUAACGGAGAACCAGUGAUUCUCAGCCGGUUUGGUUACUGCAAUGAAUGGUAACACUAUCCAUCCAGUCAACACCACCACAACAGCAGCAGGAGGAGGCCCGGGCGUGGCAACCCCCCUGAGAGGCUGGAGGGAGUUCUGCGAGCUCCACGCCAUCGCCACAGCCCGGCAGCUGGCCGGACACUACCGGAACUUCACUAGGGAGUGGCCACAACAUGACGUGCUCCCACCAGAGACGUUUUCCAAGCAGUUCAGCGACCUCUUCCACCAGCACUUCUGCUGCGAGGUCAACAAAGAUGGCACACCACUCAGCCAAAACACAUGCUCUACAGCAACAAGUGUUUCCUCCACAUCUCCAGUGGCCCCGCCCCUUCCAUCACAGGCUGUGAUUGGUCAAUUGCGGAUCACAUCAUUGUCUGGGGUGCAGGACUAUCGGGAAGCAGGGCGUCCAAGUGGAGGAGCUGCUCUGUUUACUGUGGUGUCACCAAAGGUAGAGCCGGUGGUGGUGAGUCGGGAACAGGAGCAGCCGCUGCAGUGUGCUGCGGGAAACUCUUCAGGUAACCCAGUGGUGCUUAAAGGGUCAACCCGCAGCGUCUGUAGUGGGUCUGUGUGGCUUCGUAGCCGUAGCAAUGAGGAGAUCUCUGGCGCCGAUCAUCGUCAGGUUUCUGAACGGUACUCGUCUGACUCCUCAGCCUCAAAUCCUGGGCAUGCUGACAUCACACACUUUUCUGUCAGUCAUAUUCAGCAGACCGUAAGACGGAUUUUCAAGAAGCGGCCCCUCCCCAGCCCUCCCUCAUCCCAGGACCUGUCUUCUAGCAACUCCACCACCAACAAUCCCUCAAAUAAUGGUGACAGAGCAAGUGGGAUUUUCUCCACAAAUGAGGAGGUGUCUUCCUCCUCUUCUUCCACUCACUCUUCUUCUUGUCAGAACUCUGAAGCCACGUCCCCGGCCACUUCACAUCUGUCUAUGGCCCGUGUAGCUUCUCACUUCCUGGGUCCUUUCCGUUGGCUACGUGGUAGAAGCAUGAGACAGAGGAGGCCAGAAUUGAGUGACUGCUGUAAAGAAGGCCAACUGAGGUACUUGCUGGUGGAUGACACUAUCUCAGACUCUCAGCCCCGCUGGCAACGCUGCCGCCUGCAGGUCAGGAGGAUCAGGGAUGCUCAAGGUGGAGGAAGAGGAGGAGGGGAGAUGUACCAGUUGGAGCUCUAUGAUCCACCAAAGGCCUCCGUUCCUAAGCUGACGACUCUCUGCUUAGAUAUCCAAGAAGUCCGACGUUGCAACCGGCUGGAGAUGCCCGACAACCUGAACACAUUUGUUUUAAAGGUUAAUCGGGGUAGUCUGAUAUUUGAAACGGACAACGACCAGCAGGUCAGCUCCUGGACCACAGAGCUAAAAGAAUGUAUCAGCAACAGGUCUGGCAGUGUGGAUCUGGAGCCCCUCCCCUCACCAGCUGACAGCUCCCUGCCAGCCAAUCACAGAGGGAGCUUUGAGCCAGCAAGUCAAAGUCCUGUCACCUUCAACCUGCCACAGGAUGUCCAGAAGACGGAUCACUUCCUGUUUUCCUACCCCUGGUUCCACGGGCCCAUCUCUCGCGUCAAGGCAGCUCACUUGGUUCAGAGCUGUGGACCAGGUGGUCAUGGAGUGUUUCUGGUCCGACAGAGCGAGACGCGCAGGGGAGACUACGUCCUCACAUUUAACUACCAGGGAAAAGCAAAGCACCUGCGCCUCUCUCUGACAGAGUGGGGUCAGUGCCGGGUGCAGCACCUGCGCUUCCCUUCUGUUAUGGACAUGCUUAGUCACUUCCGCCUCUUCCCCAUCCCACUGGAGUGUGGAGCCGCCGGAGCGGUCACGCUGUCCAGCUUCGUAGUGGCAGGCUCCAGCCCUCCAUCACAGGGUCAGCUCUCAGGCUCUCUCCUGGUGCCUUUCUCCCUUCACCGGUGGAGUUCUGAGCCCAGUUUGGCUCACUGCAGCUUGGCUCGCAGCUCUAGUCAGCCCCCCUCCUCCUGCUCCAGCACCACUUCCAAUCCCAGCUCUGUUUCCCAGCAGGCAAACCACCCAUUCUCUCGCACCAACCCUGUCCCUGACCCUCCUCCGUCAGCCCCUUCUUCUCUGCGUCGAAGUGAAUCAGUAGGGAGGAGGCCUCUGCUUCGCCACCCCAACCCCCACACUCCCAUCAUCCCUCAGCGUGACUCGGACUAUGAGCUGGAACCCGAGCGGGGCCGUAAGCGGGCAAUAGACAACCAGUACAUGUUGCUCUGACCCACUGAGCCAGACACUUCCAUAGCCUCUGAAAGACGGUCGUCGCCUGUGAAGCCAACAUGCUCACACCCUCGAUCGUACAGACACAUUUUGCUACUCCCAUCCAGCUUCGGGUGCGUGGGUGACACACUCUGACCCGACUAUAGCAGACUCAUGAACUUGAGUGAACAAGUCUUUGCUAAAUGAAUGCAGAGCAAUGUGUAUGUCAGUACACAUGCAGUCGGUGUCUGAGCUGGGUGUGUGUUCAUCAGUCAGACCCUCGCAGCCUCCAAACCGAGUGUCCACAGUGAAUGUAUUUUUGGGAGUUUUAUAGUUGUGUUAAUGACGAUGAUGAUUCGUGUUUUAUGAUUGUCGAGGUUCAGUGUGAGAGAGGGAGAGCCACGUGUCUGUCCUCGAGCCCAGGCAAAAAUAUUUCUGUUCUGGUGAAUUUAUAGGCGUGUGCUCGGUUUAACGUCUUCAGCUCUUAACCUGAAAUAGUGGGAAAGCACUGAUUAAAUCAAGUGCUCUUUUAAAUAUUUAAAAGGUGUUUCCAGUUCCCAGUGUGGAGCAAACUGCUACAUGUUUCUGUGAACACAAACAAACAAGCACUCUACUGUAGAGUGUAAUUAUACAUUAUUAUAUGUUGAAGUGCACAUCGCUUUCAGUGCACUUUGGAAACAGUAUUUUUUCUAUACAUGUUCUUUUGUACAAAAAUGAAAAAUAUACAGUAAAAAGGAGAAACCUUGGUUAGAGUCAGGAAGGAAAGCUUUUCCUAGGAACCUGUCAAGCACCUCCUCCACUCCUUCAGGCCUUCACUGAAGCAGUCACAGAGAACCACAGAAAUGAUUCAAGAUCAGCUUUUAUCAGCACAGUUUUUAGCCAAAGAAGGGGGAAACUCGUCACUGCUCGUGGUAUGUGUCCAUUGCGUGUGUCGGAUAAAUGAAAGUGUAAGUUCAUCAGCUUGGUUGUGCUGAUCUCAGUCUGGUACAGUAUUCACCUGGGUCUGAGUGAAUUUGUGUCCCAGUACUCACCACAAAGGCAUUGUGUGUGUGUGCAAAAUUAUCAUUGUCUCAGAAUUCAUUUCUGCCACAAAAACAGAGAAAAUGGAAGGAUGUGAUCACAGUAGACCUGAACAGUGGUUGAUAGAUAUUACCAUGUAAGUUUGUAACACUUACAAAUUAACACAGUAAUAAUAAGUAAUUUGUCCUGAUACUUGCUAAGAGUUUCACAUCAGAAGUACAUACAUACAUAAAUUAGGGAUGUCCCGAUCCAGUUUUUUUUUUUUUUGCCCCGAUACGAAUCCAGAUCCUUUUAAUAUUGUACCGAUUCCAUUAGAAUAUUUAUAUUUACCUUCAGUAAGUGUUCAUAAAAUAUCUGGAUCAGGUCCUGGUUCCAAAAUAGUACAGUUAGUCUUAAAUUAUUGACAUGAAUAAAAGAGUAACAGGGAGCUUGACAACACACUUGUGUAUAAUCCAAGCAGCAAACACACUGGAGUGAUUAAUAUAGCAGCUUAUCGGUUGUGUGACGCGUGUCUCAAAAACGCAACUCGGUCUGCUCAAAUAGAGGACUGCAGUUCUACAUACGGAUCAGAAUUGGAUCAGGUUUUUAGUGGCCGAUGCUGAUCCUGUUGGCAACAAUAUCGGAUCGGGACAUCUCUUAUGAUAUGCUAUGACAGGUGUGACAGAAGAGCCAACAUCAUUGGCUACUAUAGAUUGUCUUUUGUCCCAGUGGCGACACAGAUGAGACAAAGUGCAUCUGUGGGACAAUAAAAGUACUUAAAACAAAUUUUAUUCAGUGUUAAAUUGGUAAUAGAAUAUUAAUUAUACUAAAAUGAUUCAACUCUAUUUUAUUGCUUUUGUGGCAUAAAUAGUAUUCUGUGAAGAAAAUCGCAUUUGGCAAACCAAGGUGUGCAUGUACAUACACACACACACGAGCAUUCAAGAGAGGAUGUAAAACUUGAAAGGCUUCACUCCAAAGAGCAUGAGAGGGUGAAACAGACAAAGGAGAGUAGGAAGUAAAUCUGUGUCAGCCGAAAUAAUUAGCCAUAUCAUGUCCUCUCAGGUCAUGUGGAUUCUCAAAACAAGUGAGGGUCCAAGUACUGGAAACUUCAAACCAGGGUUUCAAAUGCUUGAAACCUUCUUCAAAAAAAGUCUUGUUAUGGUUUGAUAAUCUAGCAUUAAACCCUUAAUGGGCUCUUAAAUGUAGAUGUGAUGCAACUCGAGAACUGACGCUGAAAAUUGUACUGGUGCCUCUAUAGAAAUUCACAUUUAUUUUCUUACAACUUUAGACAAAUCCUGAUUCUGGGAGCAGCAUCACGUCACCGACUCUACCUUGUACACAUAGCAUUAAUUAUAUUUCAUAGUACUUUCUAGAGAUCUUCACCACAGCAGCCAAUAGAAGAAAUGAGGGACUGUGAAAAUUAUAUAUUUUUAGACUAGACAUAUUUUUUAAUAGAACCUCCAUGUUUUUUAAGAAAGGGCUUUUGGGGGUGGGGGUUGGGGGUGUUCAAUUAGCAAAGCUUUAUCCUUUGAACGUGACCAAAUGUGCCGUGAGAUGUUAAAGCGGUCAGACACCAUUCCUCAGUGUAGCUGGUCUUUGCUCGCUGGCUCCAUGUUUCUGUGCCCUUUAAUAGGAUUUUAUGAUUAAUCACUAAUUUGCGGUGCCUUGAGAGGUUUGUCAUUUUGCCUUUAAAGGUUUAAACCAUCAGUUUAAAGCUCCAUAUACAUGAAAUGGCACCGACAACUAUGGCCACCUUGUGUACUCGCGCUCUCUUGUGUUUGUUGUUCACAUUGAGAGCCGCUGUACCAGAGUCAAAUUCCUCAUGUGUCUGACACACCUGGCCAAUAAAGCUGAUUCUGAUUCUCCAGAAUGUACAUCACUCAACUCAGGUGUGAAUUUUAUUGUCCAGAGCUGGUUUACUAGGUUUUGUUAAAGGAUUUUUUACAGAAAAAUACCACAUAGAUUUUUACCAAAGGUCUGCUUCCCCUCAAAAGCAUCCAAAGACCUGAUGUGUAACCCAGACUAAUCCAAACCUUACGGUGAUGAUAAAUGAUGAGCCUGUGGCCGGGUUAGAUUUUUUUGUUCAAUCUUUUGAACCGUGUCUCUCCUCCCAACCCAGAAACUUUCAGAAGCCUUUUGUUGUUUUGGAAAACAGAUGCAGAAAGUCCCAUAAACAAUGAUCAGUUCACAUAAAGGUAGUAGAAGUAUUUUCUCAAAGAUUAAAUACCAAAUUUUCUGUAACUUUUUUUUUUAAAUAACUGAAGUUUUACUUGCCUUUUGGGAAAAAUUGUGCUCGAUUUGUCUUCUAACCUUGCUUUAACACUAACUUUAGCAGUUGAUUUUAAGAUUUACAGUCAGUGAUCCUGUGCUUACUAUUGGGUUUAGACCAGAUUUCUGUCACUCUGCUCUCAUCAUUGUAGUUCCCUGGUUUUCUUCUCCCCAAGAGAAACGCAUAAAUGUAUCUUCAUUUCUUCAUGAAUGUGACCAGGGUAAAUCUGCUGUGAUUACUCCACUUGUUACACAAUAAGUCAGCUUUGUCUACCACAGGAACAAUUUUACAAUGGUUGUGUAGUGCUCUUAAUGUGCCAUCAUGUUUAAGACUGACAACAUUGAAGUGUUUAUAAGGGGAACAAAACAAGGAUGUUUUUGGCAAAAGUACCGUUGGCCUUCCUGCCUUUAUGGCCCGAGUCCAAACAAAUUCCUCGUCACCUCUGGUUUAUUUCCGCUAAAAGAAAAAACUGUAACAAUAUUUAAGGUGGUGAUCAGCCCCCUCUCUUAAUUGCUUGUUUUUAAGAGAGAAUGACUGUGCCUUUGCCAGAAAGCUGCUGUUGCUUUUCCCCUUUUAGAAAGAUCAGUGUGAUGUGGUGCACAACUUCUGUAGUGCAGUAUCUGAGAUGCCCAGUGCUUCACAUGCACAGAGCAGAGGCUUCUGGAUGUUUGAGUUCAGGUAUUGCACCUGCACAAUGUUUGGUAAAUUGUUAACAAAUAGAACUUAGGCUGUGUUUUUAACCAGGGCUGCCCCAAGUUCCUACUGCUUUAGGGCAUCUAGAUUUGUUUCAUGGUUCCCUCCCGUUUGCUUCCAGAACCGAGUUAAUACCAGAAAAGAUCCAUGUGUACCUCAGGUCUAUUUAAUCCAGGUGCAUUUGCUUCAGUAACUAGGGGUGUGCGACAUUGACAAAAAAUAUUUCUAUAUCUUUUGGGAUUUCGUCGAUAACGAUAAGCGGAUGAUUUUUUUUUUUUUUUUUGCAUCAUAUAAAAAUGUCUUUGUCUUACUAGGUCGCGCUUCUUAAUAGCAUAUUAAUUGUUGCUUACUAAAGAUUUUAUUGGAGACAUUUCAUGCACUGAGUUACUUAAAACUGAAGCGUUCAAGAACAAUACACUGAAACUGAUUUUUGCAGAACGAUCCCACUAAAGUUGGCCAAGUGUGUUUCUCCUGUGGUGGACAGCUGACUCCGGAAGCUUUUCGCAUUCUCCGUAUUCCGUGCAGUGGUUAGUACACACGCACACGAUGAAACAAGCUGUCAAGUCUUUAUUAAUGGCAACCGAUUUCCGACAUGGGUUGCACAUUGCUUUUAUUUCCCCCAACAUCUGUCUUGCAAAGCCAGAAUACCUCCGUGUAAGUCAGGAUGAUCCACGUCUAUAGCAAUUAACUUAACGACGUAUAUUGCGAAGCCUUUGCUGUCUGGCCACUCAUUUGUAACUUAACUAAUGCAUUUUUUUUUUUACUAUCUUAACUUGGUGAGGUUGCCUACAUGCAGUGUGCACUCUGAAUGCGCAUGCGCAGAAGUCUAUCAGGUCACCCUACAGGACGCUGGGACGGUGUGGACUUUUAUUUUUGUAGAGCGAGUGAUGUACUCUAACACCAGCUGACACAUCGUUACAACUACAAAUAGGACAUUAUCGCACACCCCUACCAGUAUCCGCGUUAGUCUCCCAGCUAUGCUUGUUUUAAAAUGUACCGUUGAUGAAUGUAAUGUGUUCUCAAUACUGUUCAUCCUAUUUAAGUUGGCACUGUAAAACAUUCCAGGUAAACAUCCCCUCACCAACUGAUUAAAACCACCACAGCCAGUUUUUACAUCCUUUACAUUAUAAGCAUUUAAAUUAUAUCAAAUAUAUAUCAACUGUAUAUUUGACUUUUUGUAAAAUAAAUCUAACCCCAAAA